AUGGAGGAUUUGGAAGGGGCGGCGGUGGGGGGGAAAGGAGAGGAGCCGCCGCUGACAUACUGUGUUACUGGUGCAACUGGGUAUAUCGGGUCUUGGUUGGUGAAGACUCUGCUUGAAAGAGGCUACAAGGUUCAUGCCACUGUUCGAGAUCCUGCCAAGUCAUUAUCACUACUGUCGCUGUGGACCAGCGGUGAGCGGUUGAGAUUGUUCCGAGCUGAUAUGCAAGAAGAAGGAAGCUUCGAUGAGGCUGUAAAGGGAUGCAAUGGCGUCUUUCACGUUGCUGCUUCAAUGAAAUUCAACGUUCAUCCAAAUGAGGACAUUGAGACUCAUGUUCGAUCAAACGCCAUCGACCCUGCAAUCAAAGGAACCUUAAACAUCUUGAAAGCCUGCUUGAGAUCCAAAUCUGUGAAAAGGGUUGUUUUCACAUCUUCCAUUAGUACUCUCACUGCCAAAGACGACAGCUCUGGAAAUUGGAGACAUGUUGUUGAUGAAUCGUGCCAAGCUCCUCUGGAUCAUGUCUGGAAUACCAAAGCAAGUGGAUGGGUUUACGUACUGUCAAAGCGUCUAACAGAGGAAGCAGCAUAUAAAUUUGCAAAUGAAAAUGGUAUCGAUCUUGUCUCAGUAAUAACAACUACAGUGGCUGGCCCUUUCCUCACUUUGGAUGUCCCAUCAAGCAUUCGAGUUCUCUUGUCACCAAUCACAGGAGACCCUGAGUUGUUUAGUAUAUUAUCUGCUGUGAAUGCAAGAAUGGGGUCGAUUGCUUUGGUUCACAUCGAAGAUAUAUGCAGUGCCCACAUAUUCCUAAUGGAGCAUGCUAAAGCAGAAGGGCCAUACAUAUGCUGCGCCCAAAACUCUCUAAUGUCCAACUUGGUUCAGCAUCUAGCUGAGGAGUACCCCUGCUCAAAUAUUAGGUCUGUGGAGAAAGAAAGCAAUCUAGUCCCUCCUGAAAUAUCUUCAAAGAAGCUAAGAGAUUUGGGUUUCAAUUACAAGCAUGGAAUAGAAGACAUAGUACAUCAUACAAUCACUUCUUGUUUAGAUUAUGGCUUUCUACCUCCUAUUGCUAAGUAAAGGCAGAUGCUUUUUGUCAGCUAACUGAA